GGCGGUGGCCCCGCCCGUGGCCUCUCCCUGUCACCCGCGCUCCGCACUGCUACCCACGACCCCGGCCCCGGCCGCGACUCCGGCUGAGCCAUGGAUGGGUCUGUGGAUGAGACUUUUACAUUGGAGUACGAAGAAGUGUUUUUGACUCUGUGUUGCAGAGCGGAUAACGAGGAUAAAAAGAAGACAUGUAAAAGAGACGAAUCACCACAUUCCCCUUCACGUGUCCUUCAUGUUCGUCAAAUUCCAAACGGCGUUACUGAAGAAGAAGUCAUUUCAUUAGGCCUCCCUUUUGGCAAAGUAACCAACCUCUUGAUGCUGAAAGGAGGAAGUCAGGCAUUUUUGGAAAUGGCUUCUGAAGAAGCUGCUGUUAGUAUGAUGGAUUAUUAUACUCCUACUACACCUCACCUCCGCCAUCAGCCCGUUUAUAUUCAGUAUUCCAGUCACAGAGAACUUAGAACUGGUGAUCUACCUAAUCAGGCUAGAGCCCAAGCUGCAUUGCAUGCUGUGGAUGCUGUGCAGCCUGGAAACCAGGUUACUGAAAGUGUUCUUGUUGCUGACGGUGGAGUCCCUCCAGAUCAAGGUCCUGUUCUUCGAGUCAUUGUUGAAAAUCUUUUCUACCCUGUGACUUUAGAAAUGCUGCAUCAGAUUUUCUCUAGGUUUGGAUUUGUUGUGAAGAUUAUCACCUUCACUAAGAACAAUCAAUUCCAAGCUUUGCUUGAGUAUGCUGAUCCAGCGAAUGCAUUUCAUGCCAAAAUGGCUCUGGAUGGCCACAAUAUCUACUAUACAUGCUGCACUCUGCAUGUUGAUUUCUCCAGGUUAACUAGCCUAAAGGUAAAGUACAACAAUGACAAAAGUAGAGAUUUCACUCGCUUUGACCUUCCUUCUGGUCGUGGCCAACCAUUCUUGGAACCAUCCAUGCCUCCUGCUUAUGGCACCCAAAAUAUCAUCUUCCCAUCAUAUUCAGGGGCUGUUGGGUUUGUCCCAGCUGUGGGCUUUGCUCAAGGUGCUGUUCCAGUUGUUCCUGGAGCAUUUGGUUCUCCUGCAGUCAUCUCACCUGCACCGUCCGAACACAUGACUGCUCCUGGUGCUACUGGGGUUCCAGGAAACUCUGUUUUACUAGUCAGCAACCUCAACUCUGAAGCCAUCACACCAGAUGGACUUUUCAUCCUAUUUGGUGUGUAUGGUGAUGUGCAUCGUGUGAAGAUCAUGUUUAAGAAAAAAGAAAAUGCUUUGGUUCAGAUGGCAGAUGCAAACCAGGCUCAAUUAGCUAUCAACUACUUGAAUGGACAGAGGCUUUAUGGAAGGAUCCUUCGUACUACUUUUUCAAAACAUCGGACAGUUCAACUUCCUUGUGAGGGGCAAGAGGGCCAAGAACUGACAAAGGACUAUAGCAAUAGCCCUUUACAUCGCUUUAAGAAGCCUGGCUCUAAGAGCUACCAAAAUAUCUUUCCCCCAUGUGACACGCUGCAUCUUGCCAACAUCCCGCCUUCUGUUACUGUUGAUUAUCUGAAGAACCUUUUUGAAAGUGCAGGAUCUACUGUGAAAGCCUUCAGAUUCUUACCGAAAGAUUCCAAAAUGGCUCUUAUCCGCCUGGCCUGUGUGGAAGAAGCACUUCACGCUCUCAUUGAGCUUCACAAUUAUGACCUUGGAGACAACCAUCACCUCCGGGUUUCCUUCUCUAGAUGUUCAAUGUGACUUUCCUGUGAAUUCUCCUUUUCAGGCUGCA